GGUUGUUUACCCGCAGUCGUCAGAUGAACUCCGCCCGCCGGGCCGUUCCCGCUUCGAUCCUCGAAGCUGGCAAGAGCGGAUCAUGUUAGCAGCCUGUUACUUGAACUUCUUCAUCUUGGGACUCAGCGCCGUGGGCAAUCUAAGCUUAGCCCUGGGCGGACAUACUCAACAGAUCUCUAUGCAAUCCACAUAUGAGAUUAUAAUUCCUAGAAGAUUAACAGACAGGGAGAAGCGCUGGACACAUUUUAACGAGGAACACUUAGAUGAUCACAUAUCUUAUUUGAUACAAACUGGAAAUGGAACACACAUUCUGAAAUUAAAGAAAAAUAAAAACCUUCUUGGGGAAAAAUUCACAAUAUAUACUUAUAACCAAGAGGGCAAGCUGGAGAGUACUCCUGUGGAAACUCAGACCCACUGUUACUACCAUGGAAAUGUUGAAGGAGUUCCAGAUUCUCUGCUUGCUCUCAGUACCUGUGAUGGCCUUAGGGGAAUUCUCUAUAUUGGUGACAAAAAAUAUGGCAUGGAGCCAGUUAAAGGAUCAAAUAAAUUUGAACACUUUCUUUAUGUAUUAGAUAAAUCUCAUGAACCUUUUUCCUGUGGUGUACAAAGUGAUGACCGGUAUCAUGAACAUAUUUUAAAAUACACUAAUGUAUCACAUAGUCCGUUCAGUAAGGACACUCUUCGAAGGAAAAGAAGAAAUGUGCUGCCAGAUAAACGAUACAUCGAACUCUAUAUGGUUGUUGAUAAAAACAGGUAUAUAUUCAAAAGAACUGUUGAAGCUGUACAGAAAGAAACAGUUGAAUUGAUUAAUUAUGUAGAUGGGAUGUUCCAUCCCUUAAACAUACAAGUUGUCCUAAUUGGAUUGGAAAUAUGGACAAGUGGAAACCAGAUAGAUGUGGGAGGCGAUUCAGCUGGAGAUGUGUUGGGCAAAUUUGUCACUUGGAGGAAAACAAAUCUUAUUACGAGAUCAAGAAAUGAUGUUGGUCAUCUCAUCAUAGGGAGAAGGCCAUACGAUAAAACAGUUGGAAUGGCUUUCGUUGGCACAGUUUGUAGUGCAGAUCAUGGAGGAUCAAUCACUACUUUUGAUCACAACUCUGCCAUAAAUCAAGCUACAGUGGUUGCGCAUGAGUUGGGACAUAAUCUUGGUAUGAAUCAUGAUGAUGGAAGAUGUCCAAACACCUAUAUAAUGCACAGUUCAGAUAACGGGUCCAGGAACUUCAGCAGCUGCAGCUCUAGUGAUUUUGAGCAACUUAUCUUGAGAGGUGGAGGAAGCUGUCUCAGAAAUUCUCCAAAGCCAAGUGAUAUAUUUACAGAGCCCAUGUGUGGCAAUAACAUUGUGGAUAGGAAUGAAGAAUGUGACUGUGGCACUCCAAAAGAAUGUACCAAUCCUUGUUGUGAUGCUGCCAGCUGCAAGCUAACACGUGGAUCAGCAUGUGCUGAAGGAUUGUGCUGUGAAAAGUGUCAGUUCAAGGUAGCAGGAGUGGAGUGUCGACCAAAAUCAAAUAUCUGUGAUCUCCCUGAAUAUUGCAAUGGGACCUUUUAUGACUGUCCAGAAGACGUGUAUGUCAUGGAUGGCUACCCAUGUAACAAUAUGAAAGAUUACUGUUACAGUGGAAUUUGCGAGAAUUAUGAUUCUCAGUGUGAAUCCCUCUUUGGAAAAGGAGCAAAGAAAGGACCUAAUGUUUGCUUUGAAACAGCCAAUAGCAAAGGAGACAGAUUUGGCAAUUGUGGAAUGAAGGGGGCAAAUUUUGUAAAAUGUUCCCACAAUAGUUUAUGUGGCAAGAUUCAUUGUACAUCUUUCAAACACGAGAAUCUCCCGUCCCAGUUGUAUUUCCAGAAUAUAGAUGGAGUUUCAUGUGUGUCUACUGAAUUUAAUCUAGGAUCAGAUAUUCCCGAUCCAGCACUGGUUCAUAAAGGCACUUCUUGUGCUGAAGGAAAAGCUUGUAUUGAUUACAGUUGUGUAGAUGCAAGCUUGCUGGGUUACAACUGUGACAUAAAGAAAAAGUGUAAUGGUCGGGCGGUGUGUAACAACAAAGGCAAUUGCCACUGUGAUCCUGGGUGGGCACCUCCAUUUUGUGAUGCGUCUGGCUAUGGUGGCAGCAUAGAUAGUGGCCCAACUCAUAUAGAUACAUCCCUUCGUGAUGGUCUUCUGAUAUUUUUUUUACUUGUGUUGCCUAUAUUAAUUCUACUUGCAAUUGCAUUUGUCAAGAGGAAAGAAAUUAAAAGGCGUCUCUUCAGAGAACGUAGAAGACAAGAAAGGACUGAAAAUGCGCAGCAAAGAAGACCGCUACCUGCACACCAGAAUAAUACUCCAAGUAAACCAAAUCCACCAGAGCCAAUAAAUAAAAAGCGGCCUACUUCAAAUUCGGAAGUCUUUACAAUAUCUCACUUUCCAACUCCAAGGCCACCAGUACAAAAUCAAUUUGUUCCACCUCCACAACGACCUCCUGUACGACCACCAAUAUCACAAAGGCCUCCUUUAAGACCGCCAAUUCCACAAAAUCCUCCUUUAAGACCGCCAAUUCCACAAAACCUUCCUUUAAGACCGCCAAUUCCACGAAACGCUCCUUUAAGACCACCAAUUCCACAAAAACCUGUUUUCUCUCCUCCAUCUUGAAGAAUUAUGAUGAAAUGUAUUGUACGCUACUAGGAAAAAAUACUGUAUUAGUGAACUGAAUUAAAAGUAUUAU